AUGAGCUCCAAGGGCGCCCUACUGACUGUCUUGGCAGGGAGUGGCCAGGAGCAUCUUGUCGAUGACUACAACACACUUUCGGCAUCAGAGCAGGAGACAUUGGCCGCUCAAAUUCUGUCCUACACGAAUGCGCAGUGGACGCACAUGAACGCUAUUCUGCGAGAUAGUCUGCAACACCUGAAUUCCAGCAACGCGGCAACACGUGUGUUAGAGGGCGACGCUGCGACGUCUGCCCCACACAUUACGCCUCCUCCGGCAGACACAAUUAUCAAUGUUCCUGCUCUCCUCGCCGAGAGGCCCAGCGAGCUGGCAGCUAUCCAGGCCGCUGGCAUGCGGGUGGUGGCAAACGGCGAAGGUGCGGUGCUGCUGAUGGCGGGCGGAAGCGGCACUCGUCUUGGCGUGAGCAUUCCCAAAGGUAUGCUUGAAUGCGCUGCCCUCGUCAGCGGCCGCUCGCUCUUUGCUUACCAUUGCCAGCGCAUCCGCAAGAUGGAGCAAAUGGCUGCUGCUGCGGCGGCGCCGGUGCCAGCCAACGCGGGCCGUGGUACACUACCGCUUGUUGUCACGACGUCGGCUCAGAAUGAUGCUGCGACGCAGCAGUUUUUUCGAGACAACAACUUCUUUGGCCUACUCCGCGAUCAGGUGUUCUUCUGCUGUCAAAGUUCUCUCCCUUGCUACGACGAGGCGACAGGGCGAGUACUAAUAGAGACGAGGGGAAGGAUAUGCCUUGCACCCGGCGGCAACGCUGGCGUCUACGAGAGUUUGGUGAAGGCGUCCGCCACGUCGUCUGGCAAACAGAGCGUGUUGGCACAAAUCGUGGAAAGGGGGGUGCGCUACGUUCAAAUCGUGAGUGUGGACAACAUCCUCGCUAGGGUCGGUGAUCCGUACUUCUUCGGUGUGGCCGCAUCAUGCCAGGCUGAGGUGGUCCUCAAGACAGUGCCAAAGGUGUCAGCCACCGAGAAGGUGGGCGUCGUGGCGAAGGUGGACGGCGAAUGGAGUGUUGUGGAGUACACAGAGAUUGGGGCUGGCCGGUCCGCCGGGACGGAUCCAGCGACGGGCAAGCUUGCGUUUAACUGUGGCAACAUAGCUUCUCACUGCUGUUCCGUUGAUUUCCUGGCGCUCGCUGCUAAGCACAUGGAGACGAGUACCUUUUACCACGCGGCCCGCAAAACAAUUCCUACUAUCAAUGGCCCCGCCCCAGCGAUAAAACUGGAGGCGUUUAUUUUCGACGCCUUUCGCUACGCGAAAGACGUCCCGAGCCGGGUGGAGCGGGCUAAGAAGGGUCCGCUGCCGGACGCGUUGCAGAUUUUGCAGGUGAACCGAAGUAUGGAGUUUGCACCGAUUAAGAACGCCGAUGGCGCUGCCGAAGACACACCAACCUCAGCCGCUCAUAUGCUGUUGGAGCUGCACACCAAGUGGGUGGCCGAUGUUAUCGCAGCGGCACCGGAGACGUCUGAGGAGGCCUCAACAGGCCUAUCAGGGUCCUACACGGCUCAGGAGCGCACAACAGCGCUCCAGCACAUAUGUGAGGGGAAGUCUCGCUGGGAAAUCUCUCCGCUCGUUUCAUAUGAGGGUGAGGGCCUCGAGGCGUACGUGGGGGAGUUGAUUCGCCGAUCGGCCACCGGCAGCGGUGUCCUGGGGCUGGAAAAGGAAUAG